CUCAUUAUUUCAGUAGCAGCCCUGUUGUCUGGGUCAAUGGAUGGAGGGAAUCACUCAGUUGUGUCUGAGUUUGUGUUUCUGGGACUCACUCAUUCAUGGGAGGUCCAGCUUCUCCUCCUGGUGUUCUCCUCUGUGCUCUAUGUGGCAAGCAUGACUGGGAACACCCUCAUUGUGUUUUCUGUGACCACUGAUCCUCACUUACACUCCCCCAUGUACUUCCUGUUGGCCAGUCUCUCCUUCAUUGACUUAGGAGCCUGCUCUGUCACCUCACCCAAGAUGAUCUAUGACCUCUUCAGAAAGCGUAAAGCCAUUUCCUUUGGAGGCUGCAUUGCUCAGAUCUUCUUCAUCCACGUCAUUGGUGGUGUGGAGAUGGUGUUGCUCAUCGCCAUGGCCUUUGACAGAUACAUAUGGCCUUUGACAGUGGCCAUAUGCAAGCCUCUCCACUAUCAGAGUAUCAUGAGCCCACGAAUGUGCAUUUUGUUCCUAGGUGCUGCCUGGGCCCUUGGUGUCAGCCACUCACUGUUCCAACUAGCAUUUAUUGUUAAUUUACCCUUCUGUGGUCCUAAUGUAUUGGACAGCUUUUACUGUGACCUUCCUCGGCUCCUCAGACUGGCCUGUACCGACACUUACAGGUUGCAGUUCAUGGUCACUGUCAACAGUGGGUUUAUCUGUGUUGGUUCUUUCUUUAUACUCCUCAUCUCCUACAUCUUCAUCCUGUUUACUGUUUGGAAACAUUCCUCAGGUGGUUCAUCCAAAGCCCUCUCCACUUUGUUAGCUCAUAUUACUGUUGUAACUUGUUUCUUUGGUCCAACCUUGUUUGUCUAUACUUGGCCACAUCCCAGUUCCCAAAUGGAUAAGUUUCUUGCUCUUUCUGAUGCAGUUCUCUCUCCUUUUUUGAAUCCAGUCAUCUAUACAUUCAGGAAUAAAGACAUGAAGGCAGCAAUGAAGAGAGUGUUUGGAUCAUUAGUGAUUCUUAGAAAGAUUUCAUAA